AUGAGUGAUGGUGAUUAUGCGGAGCAACUGAGGCUCCAACGUCAGGCAUUUGAAGCACAGUUCGGUUCUCUAGAAUCGAUGGGAUUUGAGGACAAAACGAAAGCUGAACAGCAACAAAACGAAGAGCUUUCGGAGGACACUUCUCUUGCUAGCGAGGAUUCAGGUGGUGAAAGCGACGGGGCGAGUUGUUCUGACAGUAAUGAAAACGAAAGUUUCGAAGGAUUUUCGGACCACGAUUUUCAAACACAGGACAAAAGUAAUACCACCCAACGUCAGCCUAAAGUUAUCAAGUUUGAUGGGUCCAGCGAUGUGUAUGUUGCACCUAGCAAGAAAGAACAGAAAAUCAUUAGGUCUGGAAGGGCGCCGGGAAAGACGUUACUGGAUGCGAAGCUCGAGGAAGACCUGAUUAAGGCGUCAGAAAACGAUACGGGCGAUGUGACAAAUGAUGGAGAGAAGGAGAACUUGCAGAAAGAUUUGGAACUGCAAAGAUUUCUGAAGGAAUCGCAUCUAUUGAGUGCGUUUGGUAACAAUUCGCCCAGUGGCGCCGAUCUGACGCUCCAAACAAUGGACAACGUCGAGUACAAGGAUGACCAGCUAUUUGGUAAGGCUAGAUCGCGUACACUUGAAAUGCGGCUGAAAAACCUAGCGUCGGUCAACGGCAAAGCUGAGAAACUUGAGAAAGUGCCGAUGAACAUCAGACGAGGAAUGACCGACAAGCACAUCAAAAGGAUCAAAAAACACGAGCAUGAGGCACGGGAAGGUGGUAUUGUGUUAUCCAAGGUCAAGAAGGGAGAAUACCGCAAGAUCGACGCCACCUACCGCAAGGACAUCGAAAGACGCAUUGGACACAAGAAUGCAUCAAACGAAGCUCAAAGGAGAGCCAAACGUCAAAAGGGCCUCAAGGUCCAUUCUGUUGGUAGAUCAACCCGUAAUGGGUUGAUUAUUUCCCCAGAUGAAAUCAAACGCAUUAACGGAGCGCCAGGGAAGGUUCAAAAAGGCAAGGGUCGCAGAAGGUAG